AUCGAUUGUUCUGCCUGUUGUCAGUAGAAAAUAAUUAAUAUAUAUAUUUAUUUAUGAUAAUGUGAAGUGGUUUACGAAUUCUCGUCGAAUUAAUAAAAAAAAAAAAAAAAAAAUGCCACCGUGCGAAACAACGUGGAUUAAAAAAAAUUUAAUACAAACACCGAGAAAUUCACUAGAGUACGCAGCCCCGAAAAUUCCACUACUCGAAAAUGACAAUGGUCUGAAAUUAUCUCGACAAGAUGGCUGUCGAUCAAAAUGGCUGAUCAACCUGACUAACCGAGAAAUUCCCGAAGAAGUUUUGGACUUAGCAUGCCUGGGUAAGAACUUUGGGAUUCCCUGCAGGAACAACCGAUUUCCAUUGGAACGUUUGAUGACCGCUUUGGAACUCGAAAUUAUCAAUUUAUCUGACGACGAGAAAAUGGACGUGCGUUCCACUUACACGGAAGUAAUAAACAAUUAUUAUCGUACCGGCAACGUCCCGUGUGAGCUGUCAUGGAAAAUUCGCGUGACGUCGGAAUUUAUUAAAGAAAACCCUGAGAUUAUUUUUCUCAAAGCAGACAAGGGGAAUGUAACCGUCGUAGUGGACCGGGAGUUUUAUAUUUCCAAAAUGAUGAUUCUGCUGAAUGAUACUUUUACAUACCGGCCGAUACAUUGCGACCCAACGAGUUAUCUUCAGUCACGCGUUAAUAAACUAGUGAAAACUUGGUUCAACAACGGAUUGAUUUCAUCUCAAGAUAAAUAUCGGCUGCAGUCAAGAGACGGUGUAAUAGCCCGCGCAUAUGGACUUCCAAAAAUCCAUAAACCAAACGUCCCAUUUCGUAUCAUUGUCUCCUUCCUAAACACCCCGACUUACAAACUAGCUCAAUAUUUACAAAAAAUAUUAGUAAAAACUCUCAAACAUCCGUCACCUGGCGCAAGUACCAGAACUUUAGAAAAAAAUAAAUUUACGACUCAAAAUAGCCUAGAAUUAAAAAAGAAUAUCAUAAAUUCAAAAUUACCAACUGACUAUACAAUGAUUUCGAUGGACGUAGUCUCAUUAUUUACAAACGUGCCUCUUCAAUUAGUAAAAGAAGGCAUAAAGAAACGUUGGCCCGUAAUAAAACGCUACACAGACAUCGACUACAACUCAUUCAUCGAAGCAGUCGAGUUAUGUUUCACCUCAUCGGCAUUUUUGUUCAACAAUAAUUACUACCAGCAAAUAUUUGGCGCCGCAAUGGGCUCGCCUUUGUCCCCAAUAGCCGCGGAUAUGGUCAUGGAGGAUUUGGAAGAUGAGUGUUUAAGUGAAUUGGCGCCUUAUGUCUAUCUAUAUACCAGAUUUGUCGACGACAUAUUGGUAUUUUUACCAAAAGAUAAAGUUGAGUUGAUACUCAAGGUCUUUAACAGUUACCAUAAUCGGCUGCAGUUUACGGUCGAGCGCGAAUCUAAUUCACGGAUAAAUUUUUUGGAACUGACUUUGAUACGCCAUGAGACCGGCAACAUUGAAUUCGACUGGUACAAAAAACCGACAUCUUCUGGAAGGUACUUGAAUUAUCUUUCGCAUCACCCUUUGAUCCAAAAAAUCGGCGUGAUACGAAAUUUGGUCGACAAGGCGAUACUAUUAUCUGAUAACAAACAUCAUAACAAAAAUUUGGCUUACGUAAGACAAUCAUUGCUGAACAAUAAUUACCCAAUGAAAUUAGUUAAGGUUAUUAUCAAUAAACGCGUUGCGUCGCUGAUGCAUCGAAACGGAAAAAGUACUGCCGAAAAUAAUUAUACUUGUAGAAAUUCAAGUAGCGUAAUAAGGAACAAUCAUUUUGACAAAAAAAUAAACAAAUUUGACACAAAAUAUGUUUGUUUGCCUUACGUUAAACAUUUGUCUGAGUCUCUGGAAAUCGGAUUACGCAAAUAUGAUAUUAGGAUAAUAUUCAAAAAUAGUAAUAAUUUAUCGUGGCUAUUUUGUGGGCACAAAGAUCAGCUGACAAUUUACAACAAAUCGUGCGUUGUCUACUCGAUUCCUUGUUGCGAAUGUGAUUUUGUGUUUGUUAGCCACACUAAAUAUCUACUGAAUACUGUUUUACGGAGGCAUUGGUUCAAUUUGAAUUAUCCGUACGCAAUCAGUGUUGAGACCCCGCUAACGCGCCAUGCUUUUGGGUGCAAACACUAUUUUGAUUUCGGUAAGACGAAAAUUUUGGCUACCGAGCGAGUUGCGAGGGUCAGAGACUAUUUGGCAAAGAUAUAUCGUGCAAAAUUAAAUUAUAAGUUUGAUAUUAAAAAAAUUUUUUAUGAAGAAUUUUCUAUUGAGCACAAAUAG